GGGGUCGGGGUCAUCGUGAAGCAGCUGACUGUGGGCCUUUGGUUUGGGGGGCAUGUGCAGCUGUAGUGUCUGGUAUAGCGUAGUGCAGUCCUUGGUGCCUUCGCAUCGCACUGCCUGCUUUUGUGCGAUGUUGACGAUGUGGCUGUCUCAUUAGAGAUUCACAGACGAAGUGCCUGCGUUUACUUUUUAGUGCUAAAAUAAGGUACGUGCUAAUUUGAGAUUUGUCGACAUGUCAGCAUCACAAGUAGUGCCCGAAUACGAUGUCAAAUUCAUUACGACGAACUCGUUGGAGACACAGGGAGAGCGAAACGUCCAAGACGACAGUUCCACUUCGUCCAUGUCCAAUGGCGCCAAAGGUAAACGGGAAUCGCACGGUUCUUCUUGGGUCUCUGCUGUUUUUCUAAUCAUCAAUGCUGCUCUUGGAGCUGGCUUACUGAAUUUCCCACAUGCCUUUGACCAAGCUGGUGGCAUAGCAGUGGCUCUUUCUGUGCAGGCAGUGCUGCUUCUGUUUGUGGUGGGAGCCCUGCUUGUGCUGGCCUACUGUGCCAGGCGGCAGGAGUGUUCCACAUACCAAGAAGUGGUGCUGCGUGUGUGUGGGCCACGUUUCUGGAGCUGCUGCUCACUGGCAGUGGCACUCUACUGCUACGGGACCUGCAUCACCUUUCUAGUCAUCGUAGGGGACUUCUCAGAUCGCAUUUUUGCAUCUCUCUACGGGCCAAGCUACUGCAUCCACUGGUUUAUGCACAGGGACUUUGUUAUUGUCACCGCAUCUAUUGUUCUCAUCCUCCCAAUGUGCUUUUCACGGAAGAUUGAUUUUCUCAAAUACCCCAGUAUAUUUGGUGUGCUUGCUGCCCUUUAUUUGGUUCUACUGAUCGUGGUGCAGUACUUUGUUGGGAACUCGAAGUCAUCUGGUACCAGAUCCUCUCCCAGCUCUCUGGAAGAUGUUUUGACUGCUGUUCCAGUAGUAUGCUUUGGCUAUCAGUGCCAUGUGAGUUCGGUCCCUAUCUACUCGUGCCUUGAGGACCGGCGGCUGUCUACAUUCGCCAAGGCAGUGCUGAGUGCCACCCUUUUGACAGCCUCGCUGUACACGGUAGCAGGGGUGUUUGGCUACCUGACAUUUGGCCAGGGGGUUGCUAGCGAUAUACUAGAGCUCUAUGAUGCCCGUCAGCCACUAGUAUUGGUGGGAAUCCUGGCCAUGGCACUCAAGAUCAUCACUACAUACCCCAUCCUUAUCUUCUGUGGCAGGACAGCAGUGGAUGAUCUCUACGGACAGUUGCGGAGCCUUGAUGAGGAUGGUAAACGCAAUAGUGAGCUGCUUCGACGGAUAACAAUUGUGUCAAUAUGGUUUUGCACCACGGUUGUCCUGGCCUGCCUUGUACCAAACAUCAGCAUUGUCAUCCGUAUCAUUGGCUCCCUUGCUGCUACCUUCAUUUUUGUCUUUCCCGGUUUGUGCCUGUUGUUUGUCUCCAUCAAACUGGACGGGUCGUACUAUUUUGCCAAGACUAAGUGGAAACUGGCAACAGCAGUGCUGUGCGUGGCACUGGGCAUGUUUGUCUUUGGCCAAGUACUCACCAUGUCUAUAAUGGACGCUGCUUCAGGUCAUGGGCAGGCUGCGGACGUUCAGCUCUGUACAGUGCCAAAGAUGGUUCGCCUGUAUUCUUACUUCUAGUACAAGGUCCAGUUCGAGUGACAGGGAACUUAACCACAGGUCUUACAACACAUGCUGUGGGUACUUAAAAAGUGCAACGGAAAGUCAUGGAUGAAAAACUCAUGCUGCUCCUUUGUUGUAUUACUUUGUUUUGUGGUUCUUGCAUAAUGUAGCCACUUGGGCUAAUGUCAGGCCUUGGGUAAUGCUCUGAAGUAAAAGAAGCACAAUGGAAUUUCAUUGUAUACAUAUACUCUGUUAGGGGCAUCAUGAAUGCGUAAGCUAGUCUGUGUAUGUUCACAUCUUUCAAAGUAUAUGGCUACUUUGACUCUGUGAGAGCCUCCGUGAUAUUGUUUUAAGUGAUGCCUAUUUACUCAUAUUACGUGAUAUACUGUAUCUAGUAUUAUGUAUUUGCUCAUCUGUCAAUGGCGGGCCCUAGGCAGAUUUUAUUUCUUAGAUUUUACCAAAUGACAGUCUUCAGUGAUGUUGAUAUUUAGCAUGCGCUAAAAAAAAUAAAAGAAAAGAAAAAAAAUUGUGUGGUUGCAUUAAAGCGAUGUCUAGUGCUUGGAUCAUUGACGCUAGCCCAGGUGACUGGAAUACUACUACCACAGGUGUGCCCAAGGAUCUGCGUCAGCGUAUGCCAAGCCUUUUCACGGUACCCAUCCCCUUCCACAUUCCCAUCUGUACCUUCUCAGCAGCCUCAUGUUUGCUUCGUGCAUACCAGCUAGUUGCAAAGCCUUGAAAUGUCCUAGACAGCCACUGAACUUGUUCAAGCAUGAAGGAAAGCAAAGCAUAUUUAACUAUUUGGCACUCUUGAAAUUCAUCAAGGAGUGUGAUACUAUUCUAAUGUACUCGUCUUUCACGGUUAUUUUUGUGCUCUGUGGGACACCAGACAUUGAUAAAUUGAUAGGGUUUAUUAACGUCCCAAAGGGCAACACUGGGUCUAUAAAGGGCACUGUAGGCGCAAACCAUUGGAUUAAAUUUUCCAUCUGUUCUUAAUAUGCACCCAGAGCUCAGUAUGCAAGUGUUUUUGCAUUACGCCCCCAUAAAAUGCUUGCACCGCGGCUGAGAGAGCAUCAGAUGUUAUAAGAAAACCUAGCAACCCCCACAUGGCAAGCCAUAAGUUGAGGUUACACACUUAAGACUACUACUAGUACUGCACUGCAACCAAGGUAAUGGGUCAGCUUGUCAUAUGUGUUCAGCUUCCACAUAUGUUUUGCGUAAUAAAGCAAUUGUGUUGCAAGUUUUGGCAAGCUGGCAUUUCGUGUCUGAUACCACUUGCUGGGUGGGGGUGCAUGUACAUAUACUCAGUCUUAUAUUUAGCAGGCAACACUGUUCAUGCUUGCAGGUUUCAUGGUAAAGUAUUUUAGGUCCGCAAUGCUUCAGUGGCAAUGACUUCACAUGUUAAGAUCAACAUAUGGUGUUGCUGUCACAAAAAGUCGUACAGCUUUCUUUUGUUAUUAUUAUGCAGCUUGUGAUAUGCAGCACGCAAUGGUUUGGUCACAGGUGCAAGCAAUGUGCUGUGGAAGGUGUGCAAGCACGUAGCUCGGCAGGGAAAAAGAAAAUGUACAACUCGGGUGAAUUCAGUCGUAAAGUGGUUAAAUAUGUGAAGCACUCUGUCUUAAUUUCUUCAUGUAUUAUGACUGCAGUGUGAGGUGUUAAUAGUGCUAUGUCAGAGAAUGUGAUGGCUUUCAUACCUUCGGCCUCCUAUAUGUGACAAUUUUUAAUUGCAAAUAGUGGCAGUGCAAAAGAUGUUCUAGCUUUCACAUUUUUGGCUGUGAAAUAUUAGUGCUAUUGACAGUUCGGAAUGGUAAGGGGAAAGCAUCCCACUAUUUCUUCAAGUUCAUGGGAACAUGCUAUUCUGCUUAUGGCAUACCAUUUCAUUGUGCUUUUGGCAGACAUGAAUACAUGUAAAGCAGUACAUGUAGCUUGCUUCAGAUUUAUUAUCGCCACGUUUGACAUCACAGCUGCACAGAAGUGCUGCACUUUUUUUUAUGGUUGUCAAAUAUGCCCACCAUGUGUCUCAGUUGAUAUUGCCUUCUGCUGCUGAAAAGUGGUUGUGGGUUAAACUUUUUAUGGGUAUGGAAUGCAAAAACAGCUAUUUGCAAUGCUCUAGCUGCACAUUAAAUGAGUGCCAAUGCAAAAUAAUUACCUUUUCUUGAACAGAUAGCUUUCAAUUCCUCAAGGCUGCAACAAGCACAGUAGGAUUUCGUUAUAAUGAACCUGCAUAUAAUGAACUGCUCAUGCAGAGAAACACUAGUCUCUAUUAACUCCCAUAGGUGUCCAUGUAUGUUUGGUCAUGAUGUAGUGAAGAUGGCUGUUGUAGGGGAAACAGAUAUGUAAAUGAAAAAAAUAAAUGUCUUCACUAUAUCCAGAAUGACAUGAAUAGUUUUGUCAUAGAAAAUAAAGUGUGGUCACACUCACCAUGGUUUUGGCACAAUGUUUCAGUCACAAUGACAAUUUGUGCGUGCACUAGCUGUUCUAAAUUCUUAUCAGUGCUUUCUUGAUAGAGAAAUGGUCGUAGUGUCCAUUUGCGUGGUGAUAGCAGCCUGUGAAUCUGUGUCGAUAAAGAGCAAAUUUGUGCUCUUUUCACUAAGAAUCAACCAACUGCACUUAGAAAAUUUUUAUCAUUGUUACAAAAUGGCAAAAUCGUGAAGUGCAGCUAUAGCGAAAAAUUUUCUCAGCCUCGAAAACUUCACGACAAUGAGGUUCUAUUGUAUUCACACCAUCUGGAAAUUUAAAAUGUGCACGAAGUGCACCAUGACUUCGGCCAUGUGGCAGGAUGUGUAAUCCAUGUGGCAGGACUUCGGCCAUGUGGCAGGAUGUGUGGCAGGAUGUGUAAUCAAAAUUGGUAGGUGGUGGUCACAGGGCAAAACACACCGCUGACAUGUACUACUGUGAGCAGUAUGAGCGGGAACACGUGAACGCACAGCAAAUAGCCUUGAAAUAGAGUUAGUGUGAUACGCGGAUGGCGCUGUCGAAAACAAAGGGAAAGGAAGGCGCUCAUCCGCUAACUGUUUGCACUCCUGCCUCGCUAGUGUUGCUACGAAACUGCAGCUGAUUGCGUUUCACAGGCCGCUAGUGAUAAGGUGGUUGCAGCAUACAGAGCAUGGCAAUGUGUUGCUUACAGUUCUGCGCAAAAUCCCUCUCUCUCUUUCUCUCUAUGAUACGCACGGGACAUCUGGCAGUGAUACCGGCUUGAUGCUAUAGCGCCUGUAAUAGCAUUCAUGCACAGGGAAAAGCAGUAUUGUUUUUUUUUACUUAUUUUGCUGUAUCCUGGUUCUCAUGAACGGAGAGAAGUUACAUGCAGAAGUCAGUUGAAAAGUCUUUAUUGGGUGCUUGCAACAUGGCAAUGAACUUUGAAUGCACGUAAAAAAAGCACCCCAUUAUAUAGGCAUUAGUUUGCCCUUUUCUUGCGUUUGGUGGGCUAAUAAAAGGUCAUGGCUCUGCUGGCUUGAAUGAUGGCCUCCAUUCUUUCUGGCAGAGACCCGUAGAGAGCCUCGACCAAGGCUGUGUCACCUUGAAGAAGUUUCCACUCUUCUUGUAUAGCUUCCCACUGUUCAUCAGCAGUCGCCAAGUCCAAGGAGAGCAUGAAAAGGUUAGCCUUCAUACAAACAUGCUGUAUUAUGUUCAUGCCUGCACCCUUCGCACACCACUCAAGGUGCAUUACCCCUUGUUCAUCUAAAAGACGUGUCACGACCUUUGCUGUAUGCAUAGGAGACAAGUCCUGUUGGAAUAGAUAGUACCCAUACGGGUGUGGACCAUUCAAUGCAUAUGGGAUCAUCUUUUGCUCCAGCAGUAUGCAAUACGCCACACUCUUAAAUCUCCCAGAGAUUCUUGCAAGGGAACUUAGGCCGUCACUUGAAAUAGCUGCUCAUACGUUUACUGACGUGCAUCCACUUGUGGCCGCCUCCUUAAUGUUCUACGGACAGGAACGUGUGUUCUCCAUGCAAUACUUUUCUGCUGGUGCCAGCAGCUCGAGAAAGUAGAUUCGUCGGAGAAGACUACAUAUUUCCAAUACGUCACCCUCCAGCUGCAGUGAUUGACAGCGAACUUCAGGCGAGCAGUUUUGUUAGCAGCUGUGAGAAGGGGCUUCUGAGCGGUGAUGCGACUUUGGAGUGCGAAUUCCCUUAAUCUUGCCGUAACAUGCUGUCACUUAUAUUUGCCAGGUCAAGACUACUGCGCACGUCCUUUGCGUUUUGAAAUGGCUUCUCAUUGAGUGCAGCAACAAUUUGUAGCUCUUGGUCCAUCGAAGUGGCGCGGGGUCGCCUCUUGUGUGGUGCACCCUUAAUGCGUCCUUCAUCUCUAUAUACUUGGACUACCCUGUUGAUGGUUUUCAACUGGCAGCCUGUCAAGGCAGCAAUGUUGCGCUGCAUGUAACCUUUCUUUGACAAUUCUACAACUUCUUGCCGCUUAUGCAAAGGCACUCGCGACAUCAUUAGGUGCUGAAACACAGAUUACUGCUUGGCACGUACAGCCGUGGUCUACUUUGUAAGCAUAUUCUACGUAAAAUAGUUGUCUCAAUGCUCAGCCAACACCACCUAGAUAUAAGCAAAUCCUGUGUAUCACGGCAGGCCAUGUCACGGCAGAUCCCUCGGUAUUUAUGUAGCCUGAUGGAUCUUUGGAUGUGGCUGCACGCUCUGAUACGAACUCGUAUCAUCGCUAGCGGCCUGUGACGCGCAAUCAGCUGCCAUUUCGUAGCAACAUUAAUGAGGUGGGAGUGCAAGCAGUUAGCGGAACUGCGGCACCCUUUCCACUUUGUUUCCUACAGCGGCCACCGCGAAUUGCCCCACACCGGGUUGGAGGCUAUUUGCUACAUGUUCGCAUGUUCCCGUUCAUAUUGCUCACAAUAGUUCACCAUGACUAUGGCUCUGAAACCAGAGAUCAUUGAGUACUCCACAGGAUAAGAGGGGAGAGUGAGAGCGGCUCCCUGCAUUCCCAAAGAGGCAACAGCUAAGGACCAGGUUUGACCCAUGUCAAAUGCAGAGAAGCACAAAAUGAAGGAUGAAAGCGCCAAUUUAGUGGCUCCCAGCCAUCUUUCGACGAUGUAGUCAUUGUCUGGCUUUCAGCCACUGCACCACACUAACAUACAACAUAUUGUCUCUUGCAGCUUCCUUGUAAGAUACGUCAAAUGUCCUGUUGACUGUUCACUGCUUUUUUGCUGUAAAUGUACAGUUGACUUGAUUUUAAGGUCGAGUCAUUAAAUUCUUUGCAUUUGUGGCAAUAUCCUUGUUUUGUUGGUGCUUUUAAAUACAGAUUUUUACUUUGGGCCCUGGCCCUGUGCGUAAUGCACAAUAGCUUAUGAGGAUCAUCUAGCAAAAGAUAAGGUGCUCUGAAUAGUGCUUCAUAAGGUUGGAUAGUGUAAAAAAUUUCAACUCGAGGAGAGCAAGAGCUGGACUAAACAAUUUCAUUUAGGUGCAUGUUAAAGAACCCCAGGUGGUCAAAAUAAAUCCGGAGUCCCUCACUACGGUAUGCCUCAUAAUCAGAUCAUGAUUUUGGCAUGUAAAACGCCAUACUUAAAAAAACAUUUCGAAAAAAAAUUGGAGGCAUUUGUGUUUUGGAUUUCAUUUAGAGAAGCCAUUCUUGCAUUGGACAGUCCUAUUAAAGAGUCACCUGACAGUGUUUUAGCAUAGUCAUUGUUUCAGGAAAAAUUCUCUAUGGUGGUGCACUGAAUUUUCGUAGCUAAAUCUCUGAUACAGUGAGAUAGGCACUUCAUUUUAUUUUUAAGAAUACUUCUUGACGUACACGUUUACAUACUUUUACUAUUUUUUUGACAUCUUUGGAUUUCUCAGCAUUUUCUAAUGCAAACUAAGAAAAAGCUUGAUAUUGUAUAUAAAUUUUAUUAAUGUCUCAAUGUAUCCAGUGUGCCAGAGACAUCAGUACUAUAUGAAAGACCUUAGGCAUGUAUAUUGCUGUAUAUGUGGUGGAAACAAGCAUUCUAGCAGCAUCCCCUCCCUCACUCUCUUUUUCUUAUGCAUAUGGACCAAAUAAAUGCUCUGUAAUGAAUGGGAUCAUGACUGUUGUGGGCACCACAAUGUGCUUGCCUAUUUCCUUUUUGGUGGCUGUGAUGCUCGUCUGGGGAUAUGCUCAAUUGUUGGUUUAUUGAGUAUUCCAAAUUUCAAGUCUUAGUGACUGCAGAACACAAUGUUCUCUUUUGUUGAAAUCAUAUUUUCAUAAAUGUUAUUUUAGGAGUUUUUAUUAUGAAAUAGAGCAUCUGUAGUGUUUUUUGCCUAGUGUGCAGUUAGAGGUUCCAUCUGUGGGUUUAUUUGCACUUGCCUUAAAACACUAGCUUUGUUUAUAGCAAUGCACACUGAGUGGGUUAGGAAAGCUUCCCAUUUGCAGACAUUCCUGAUAACGGCUCUGGAGCUCUUUAUCAAAAUGUGAUGUACGGUGUAUGGUUGUAUGUGUCUGGUGUUGGUGUGAAAUCAGUGUUUUUACCUCCCUUCUUUUCAUCUGGUGAAGAGAUUGUAAAUUUUGGCAAAUCGAUAAGUUUCCACCUUGUAACCCCAGUGUGACAUAAAUUUAAGGGCAACAGAGGAAUACAAAACUGGGGCUGUAAACAUUGUUCCAGGUUUUUAGUGGGACUUUCAAUGUGAAACUUAAAGUUAAUGCUUCUGGAAAAGUCUCAAUACAUCAAACAUGUUCUGCUCGCUGCCACAAGAAUCAACACUUGCAAUUAGACUUGUCAACAUUCCUUGAUACAUGUCUAGCGAUACCAUGCAAAUUCACCUUAUUUCUGCCUACCCUGGGUAGAAAAAAUAUAACGCGAAGUCUCGAUAUAACGAACUUCAGGGGACUCCAGUAAAUUGUUCAUUAUUUUGAAAGAUUGUUAUAGUGAAAGCCCUACAAUUCACCAUACCUCCCAUCAACCCAUCAGUUCAUAAGUUGUCGCCAUAUGAGCUAUCCACGAAAAUGUUGCUGUUGGCUCUCGGCACGCGCUGCUGCUGUUUUCUAUAGAUUCCAUUGCCACGCACUAGCGAAGCACCAUAUAACAGGAGUGACGCGCACAAAACAGACGCUGAUGCCAAGAAAACUACCGACAAAUAGGUAGCUUCAUGUCGCCUCCAUAGAGCAAUAUUUCUUGCUUUUUGUUUGUUUUUCACGCUCGUUACCGUGCACACCUCAACUGUCGCACUCGAGGCGGACAACCAUGUCAAAGCGCAAGCGCACGUAAACGACACUGACUGAAAAGUGCAAAGUGCGACCGUGUGGCAUCCCCGCGAGUACGAAGGUUACAUUUCGGGCGUAGCUAGUACGGCCGCAGAAAGAGAAGUGGUUCUUGCGAGAGAAAGGAGGAAAGGCUGGCACUAUCUUCUGCAACCCUUGCGGGAGCACGACUCAGUGCCAGCGGGGCAGGGGAGAUGGGAGUAAAGGAGAUAAAAGGUAGGAGGGAGAAAGAUAAUGUCGCCAUGGCAGCAAUGGAGCAGACCGGCAGGGAGGGCCCACUGGUUUCGACCGAAGGGGUGGGCUGGUGACAGACUACAGGAGGUGGUCCAGCAAAAGCUAGGUUGGGGCGGAUCAGGAGGCCCGGGGUGGUGGGGUAGUCGUUGGGCUAUCCGUCUUUACAGAAACGUCCUGCAGUCUCGCCGAGAGCCCUGACGAGUUGAGGUACUCGACGACACUGAGGAAGGCUGGUAGCUGGUUGCAACCAGGGAAAAGGAAGCAUUUCUGCCAUGCACACGGAAGCCCCAGGCGGUGGAAUUCCUGCAGGAGUCGACCACAAUGCUGCAGGUAAGCAGGGCCGGCCAGCAGGAGGUGCUCGAGUGUUUCUGGGUCACCACAGGAACCACAGGCUGGUGAGGUGAUGAUCCCAAGGCUACGGCGGCGGGCUGCUGUCAAAUAGCAGCCAACUCUCAGGUGAAGCAGCAGCGAGGUAUCCCUGCGUGGGAGGCUGUGCUGUGGAAUAGGCCAUGGAGGCCAGCCCAGAAAUACCAGUUUGUCCAGGUGGCAGGUGAUGAUGUGCCAGCGCAGCCUGUGCCUUGUGAAAUCUGCAGUCAUUACAGCAGGGCUGAGGGGGACAGUGGAGUGGUGGGCACUUUUUGCAAGAGUUUCGGCCUCCUCAUUGCCCAGGAUCCCCACGUGCACCAGUAACCAGUGCAGGGAUAGUGUGCACCCUGCCUCCUGCAGGGCCUACAGUCUCAAAGAGAGCAGUGCAACCCCCAAGGCUAGCCCUUUCAGGUCUCUGCAGGCAGAGCAGAGCUGCCUUGGAGGUGCGGAAGAUGGCUGUUGGGGUCGCUGGCAAUUCCUCUGCCAGUAAAUCCACACCAAGGUGGAGACCUGCUACCUCUGCUGUGGUAGAGCUUGCAUGUCCCGGAAGACGGCACAGCUUGCCCUUUCGUAGAGUGGGUGCAACACAGGCUGCUGUGGAUGAGCCCGUGUCUGGCAUCAUGGAUCCAUCCACAAAGAUGUGCAGGUGGGCCCCAAGUCUCUUAUGGAGGAGAGAGGCAGCCGUCUCCUGAAGGACGCAUGCUGGGGAGCAUCUCUGGGAGAUACCUGGCAGCUCCGUCGUGAUGGGGACUGGUGGUCUCUGUAGUGGGGGUGGCUGUACAGCAUUUGCUUGUCCCCUACAACUUCCUCAUAGAAGUCACACAGCCAUCCCAAGUGUGAUGCAGGCCGGGAGCGUAGGCGAGUCCGGAGGGCUUGACCGUCUGCUGCAUGGUGCAGGCGAUCAAUGUGUCGUAGCCCCUAUUGCAGGAAGAGUAGCGACAGGGGCCAGGCACCUGCCUCGGCAAGAGUGGCAGCCACUUGAGAAAUUCGAGGAAUGCCAAGGCAGAGCCGGACUGCUGACCAAUUCUGCAGCUCCAGCUUCUGAAGACGGGGUCGGGGCAGUUCCACCAGAGGGAGGGCAUACAGCAGCCGUGAAGUGGCUGCAGCUUCAAAGAGCUGUAGGGCCCACCUGGUGGUACAGCCCUGUCCACGGGCAAGAGGCUGUGAGAUUGCCUUGCGGACCAGAAGUGUCUGAGCGUACAGGGCCUUGGCAGCUAGCAGCCAGGUCAGCCUAUGGUCAAUACGCAGCCCCAGGUAGGUAGGUGAAUGCCAUGCUUCAUGGGAUCUGGACGCCCUCCAGGCGCAGCCGGGCAGCUGAGCUACAAGCUACUGCGAAACGCAAAAGAAAGAGCUGUGCUCAGAAAGAAGGAAGAGGCGCACCUCCAUUGCUAGGCAGCACUUUCCCGGGCGGAGUAUGCGCUCGCAAAAACUGAUGCGUCGUCGCCUCCGCUCACCCGCAUAUUUUUUUUACUUCGGGCACCGUCUCGGGUUUUCUGAACCCAUGUGCCGCGACGUUCGCUCUGCGCCUUGUCGUCUACUAACCUACUGUUUUGGCUACCGUGAAGGAUACACGGAAAUCUAAGAAUCCCUAGAUUUUGGAAUAUUGGUUCGUAGUACUGAGGCGUUAAUAACAUCACAGGUAAACUGAAUAACGAUCGUUAUUCUGAAAAGUUCGGUAUUCUGAAGAUGGUAGUACUGAAAUAUUUUUACAUUGGAAUCUAUAAGAAGUCAGCAGGGAAUUUCUGAAAAGUUUCUUAAUCUGAAAGUUCGUUAAUGUAGUGUUCGUAGUAACGAGGGCAGGCACAACUUUGAAAACAGAAGUGUGGCAUGUGCCUUAGUGACACUGUUCUUUGUAUUCAUUUUGUGUCUUACUGUGGUUCAAGUAUGUUGAUAUAUCCUCUGUGGAACAGUAUGGUCAAAUGUUUGCUGUGGAUUUCAGAUGACUGUUGAAAAUAGUUGUUUCCUGCAUUCUUGUCCUUGUGGCCAAAGGCAUACAAAAGGUCUGCUGGCCCUGCUUGCAUGAUUCGCUGUGUGUAGGAUUACAACCACAUAGGCUUGGUCAAAGUGAAAUGAGAAAUGUUUUAAUCUCCUGUUGCUAGUUCUCUAUUCUGAUUGCGGCUGCACAUUCAAGGUUUAUGUACUUUGUCAGGGAAAUUCGGUGAAAUUUAUUUGGCAAAGCCAAAGGUUAAUUACCAAAUGGAAAUAACUUCUUGGAGCCAUGAGCAAAAAAUGAGCCCAUGGAAAGUGCUCCAAGCUCUGCGUUAGCUUGUAGGCUAGUGAUAUGCAGGAGAUAACAAAUUUGUAUUUUUCGAUAUUAUCAGCACUAUUUUGUAGAUGCCACAUUCUACAGUUGACCAAAAAUGCAACUCUUUAUCAAAGACCCAUGCAGUGACUCGCAUUCUCCUCAAUCUCUCAACAGUCUGUAGUAUGACUGUGGGAGUUCAGACUAUGUUAUAAGCUGCUAUGGCCAUUGCAUUUGACCUAACCUGUAACCGAGCAGCACUGCGAUGCCCAUUCUGUGAUGCAGUGCAUGCCAUAGUUUGUUUUGGCCACUUAUCCUAUGUUUAUCAUUGCUGGAAGGAACACAAGUGGCCAUGGCUUUGCAUACUAUCAGCAUUGCCUAAUGAUUUGCAGUGUAUAAGUGCAGUGCAAGCAUGUUUGGUGUUGAUUAAUUCCUAUUACGUGCAUAACUUUACACAAGCCAUAGGCACCAUCUCCUUUGCUCAUAUGCCUCAUGCUGUAUGUCAUGUGGAAGCUGUGUGCAGGUGGAUAUCUUAUUGACCCAAGCUCAAAUGAACAUAAGUCAUAAUGGAAGGUUUUUUUUUUUUUUAUGCCUAUGCACCUUCAUUUACUUGCCGUAAAAUUUGCGAAAAAGGGAGGGAGGGGGGGGGGAGUUUAAUAGUGUAAUAGUGGCAUCUUUCAUUUUCCUGUUUGUUUAUAUUGAGAUUUGUGAAAAUUGGCUACACUUGCAUGUUAUUUUGUGUUUCCACUUGCAUGUAGUGUCCAGGCAGAUUCCACAAGACAAAAAGCACGCAACCACCAGCAUGCAAGUGCUGUGGUGAUGUGAUGCUUGCAAGGUGUAUGUAUAUUCUUGGCCAUAUGUGCACUGCUCAUCUGUUAAGCUAUGCUGAUAGCAUGCAGACAAGUGCUUUCGUGUUCCCGCCAGCAUGACCAAGGCAUUGCAUCAUGUUAGUCCCGUCAUGAUUGUAUGCCACAUACAAGUGACUUCAAUCUCGCAACUCUCUGUAUUGGUGACUGUCGCUCUGGCUGCAGCGGUGACCAAGUUUCAAAUAAGUUUCAGAUCUGUUUUAUUUCAUUGAGUAGCAUUAAAUGAAUAGCAUUGUAAAAUAACAUUUUCAUUUACUCAUGAGCUGUAAACACUUAUUUUGCGCAAAAAAUUAUUGUAAUUGUAGCUGUGCAGCAGUCACUGUGUCACCAUAGUCAAAAUGUGCAAUAGUGAAUACUGUGGUUGCAUUCUUUAUUUCUUGGGAGAAGUGAUAUUUAACCAUAUUUUCAGCUGUUAUAUAUGUGUAUGUGUGUGUGUGAAUGUGGGCACAUUCUUGAUGUGGCUAAAAUGGUGUUUGGAAAUAAAGACAUAUUUUUUCAACAAUCA